AAGAAACAAUACAAAAGGAAGCUGCAUUAAAUACACAAGAAAUAUGGCAAGAAAAUGGUCUUCAUGACCUGAUGGCAUCUCUAUACAAUAAUAUGCCAAUGGUUACAAUGUUGACAAACACUAAACAAGAAGAUUCUGAUGGAUUUAAAGUAGUCAUCUCUAAGAGAAAGCACAAACACAAAUCCAAAAUAGCUAUCUUAGGGGAAAACAAAUCCAAUAAG